CUUUCCAUCCAACGUUCAUUUUUCAUCCUCGCUUUGUUACAUUCCUGUUUGGAAAACUUAAACCGAAGUUUUUCCCCCAACAGCAGCAUGUCCAGUGAAGAUACGUUAGUCGCGCCCACCUACACAGAAUUGGUCGAUGAAAGUUCACGCAAUAAAACGAGCGUAAAGUGCGAACGAUGCGGUUCCUUGAUGCUGAAACCGGCAAAUGCGGACUACACGGAUAUUGAAUUUGAACUCCCGGAAGCGCGGCAGAAAAAGCAAACGACGGCAAAGGACGACGAGGGUUUCGCGUGCCGAAAACUGAAACACUUUUGGAUGGUCAAGGAUAUGUACAUAUUCGAAAACAUCGGAUUCAGCAACACGGUCAACAACAAGAAGUACUUGAUAUGCGCCGACUGUGAAGCAGGGCCGGUUGGGUAUUAUGAUGUAGACACGAAGCAAUGCUAUGUGGCCCUCGAACGAGUAAAACACGAAUAAGUGGGACCGACACGGUCGUUUUGUGGUGUGAUGCAAAAUGGCAUAACAUGUGUCUAAUAAAAUGUUCUAAACUCCCACGAUCACAGGA